AUUGGAAUGUUGAUGUCUUCAGAUUGUUCCAGAGCUGCAGUUUCGAAGAGACUUUAUUUUGUGCACUCUUUCGACUCAACUUGUGCAAGAUUUUCGGUUUAUUCUAGACAUUUGCGUGUAAUAUCUUUUGGACCGAAAAGAUUUUGGAAGCAAUAUGGAAGAACUUUGAAAACUCGACGCAACUUGUCUUCCAGUCCUUGCUAUCACUGUUGUGUUCAUGAAAAGGAUGAACAAUUGUUUAAAGUGGCAGUGACCAAAAGAGAGGAAGCCACUGGUAUCAAAUUCGUUUGUGGAAAGGGCGGUGUAGGAAAGACUACUUGUGCAGCUGCUUAUGGCGUUUAUUUAGCAGAACGAGGAUAUCGAACUCUGAUUGUAAGCAGUGACCCUGCACAUUCUCUAGCAGAUUCUUUAGAUAUUGAUCUCAAGAAAGGUGAAAUCUCGCCUGUUGUUGGUUGUGAAAAUUUGUGGGCUCUCGAAGUGGAUACCACUGCUGCAGUUGGAGAGUUUAGAGAUGCAGUUUCUUCUCUGACCAGUAUCAAUCAAACAGUAGAUAAAGAGUUACAGGAUUGGGCUUCUCGACUAGGAAUUGAAGAGUUUCGUGACAUUUUAGAUAAUAUUCCUCCCGGUGCAGAUGAAUUUAUUGCGUUGACAAAAGUAUUUGUAUCUUCUGAAACGACUUCCAAUCGGAAAUAUGAUUAUUUAGUUAUUGACACUGCACCCACUGGACAUACCAUUCGACUGUUAGCAUUUCCAGACUUUCUUAGUCGAUUCUUAUCCAAAGCUUUGGCUCUUCGUGGAAAAUUGGAUGGUGCUUUGAAUAGAGUUAACAAUCUCUUUUCUUUGGUUAGAGAUAAACAUAGCUUCAAUAAGAAUGUUAUUUCUAAUGCAGUGAAACGAAUUACUCAAUUUCAAGAACAAAUGCAACAGUUUCAUGAUCAACUUAGGGAUACAUCAAGGACAGAUUUCAUUGUAGUAACUAUUGCCAGCAAUUUAUCUCUGGAGGAAUCGACAAGGCUGGUUUAUUACUUGAAAACACAACAGUUUCACUUAGAACGACUGAUUGUAAAUCAAUUGAUUUCUGCGGAUACUAAAGCAGCUUAUUGGCAAUCUUUGAUGAGAGGGCAACAACGUGUUCUAAGUCGUAUCAAAGAAAAUGUGAUUGACAAACCUAUUAUACAAAUUCCUUAUUUAGGGGCAGAAAUUGAAGGAUUCAAAGGAAUCCGACAGCUCUCCAAUUAUUUAGAUGACGAACUACAUCAAGUAGAAAAUAAAGUGUUUGAUGAAUGGCUUAUUCAAAAGAAGAAUUCGAAUCGAGAGGAUGAUGAUACAUCAUCCUUAGUGGAAAACGGAUGUCAAUACAUAUUUGUUGGAGGCAAAGGAGGAGUAGGAAAGACAAGUAUUAGUAGUUCCUUAUCAGUUCUAAUGUCAAAAGAGCGUCGAGUAUUGAUUGUAUCCACUGAUCCUGCACAUUCUUUGGGAGAUGCAUUAGAAACCAAACUCAGUGGUUCACCUACAUUCAUACAAGAUAAUUUGUAUGCAAUGGAAAUCGAUCCUGAACAAUCUAUUCAAGAGUUUAGACAGUUAUUGUUGGAUUUGCAAAUGGAAGAUUCGAAUAGUUGGGGAAGUGAAGUUGUUCGAACUUUAGGCCUCGGAGAUUUUAUGGAUAUAUUGGAUAAUCCUCCCCCAGGAACAGACGAGUUAGUCGCCUUAACUAAAGUAAUUGAAUUGGUAGAUUUAAGACAGUUUGAUUUAGUCAUUAUCGAUACAGCCCCUACAGGACAUACUCUUAGGUUGUUAGCGUUUCCAGAAUUUAUUGAAAGAUUAUUGGGACGUGUUUUAUCUUUAAAGAAACGUUUGGAUGGUACUAUUGGCAUGGUGACCAGCCUAUUUCGUAGGUCAGAUGUCAAUUCUUCUAUUCAAGAUGCAGUUUCCAGAAUAGAAAACUUUCGAUCUCGCAUGGUUCUCUUGAGGAAUAUCCUAGUCAAUGAAAAAUUGACAUCUUUUUGUGUGGUUACUAUUCCAACCGAAUUGUCUUAUCAGGAAUCUAUGCGUUUGCUACAGUCUCUGUCUUCUUCUCAAGUCAAGGUACUUGGUGUGUUUGUUAAUCAGGUCAUUUCAUCUGUUCUCGAAGAUGAGUCUUUUCAGGAGGUGGUGAGAGUGCAAACCAAAUAUUUGGAUCGAUUGAGACAGUUAGCCAAGGACAAUGCCUUGCUAUUGGUUUCUAUGCCAUUCUUUGAUAUGGAAGUUAGAGGCGUUUCAGUACAAACAGGAAACAAAUAAAACUACAUAGAUAAUAGUGUACAAGUUA